UCAAAAUUCAAGACCCGGAACAGGGAGCUAAAUUGGAGAGGCAGUGAGAGAGAGAAGGAGAGAGAGAGAGAGAUCCUAAAGAUAUAUUAAUGGAGCGCAGAGAUAAUCAAUCACCUCAAGGUGAAACAGCCCGGAUUUUGGUUGAAUUCUUGGAAGUGGCCAUCUCUUCUAUUGUUUUCCUCAAAGGUGUCUACCCUGCCGGCGCAUUCGAGAGGAGGAGAUAUAUGAAUGUGGUGGUUCAGAGGGCUCGCCACCCUCAGCUCAAAGAUUACAUCCACUCCGCUGUUUCUGCUCUUCUUCCUUUUAUCCAAAAGGGAUUGGUGGAGAGAGUAGCAGUUAUUUUUUUCAACAUUGACUGCAUCCCGGUGGAACGAUUUGUUUUCAAGCUCACAGUGAACCAGUGUUAUGGCUUAAAGUUGGAAGAAGCUGACCUGGAGUUCUCUCUUAGAUCAUUCUUGAUCAAGCUCUCAGUCUCAGAAUCCCUCACUAGGGUUCUUCCCCAUGACUGUAGGUGGGAGAUAACUGCUUACUUUCGAUCCCUUCCUGAGGCUAGUACAAGCAAGGAUGCAGAGCUAUGGAUCCCAACGGAUACAAGGCAGUGGCAGCAACCUCCACUACUGACCCCUAUUAAGUCAAUGAGUAGCGAACCUCUGUGUGUGCAGUUAUAUUUAGAACAUCCUAAUUCAUCCGAACCAAAGCCUUGAAUGGCAAAAUAUUACCAUUGCGUACAUACUGACAUUCACACUUAUGCAGGUCUUUAGAGUCUCACCCUCUGUCAGGGCAUCCUGACCCAGGUCAGAUUAUCACACACGAGACUUGCCUGGGUUUUGCAUGAUCCACAGAUCAACAUGUGUCGGACAAGUUGGUCUUCAGUUAAUUUAGUUUCUAGUGGGAAUAUGUUCAUCUCAGGAAACUUUAGUGAAAGAAAAAUAUAUAAGAAUGUGACUUUUGCUAAAAACUUUCAAGGACGGAGGACUGUUCAUAAUGAGUGUUUGCUAAAUUUUGUGGGAGCAGGUUCUGGCUUUUUUCUUUGGUGUUUAUAUCCAACCAGUCUUGAGUUUAUUGAUGGGAUAAAGUUUUGGCGCAAGAUUCAACGGCGAUGACAGAGCUAUUUGUAUACCUGCAGCAAUGUGCUACAACACAAUGCACAAUUAAGAAUUGCCCAAUACAAAGGAAACUGAAAUAUUGGAAGAAGAAUUAGAACGUUGAAACGGUUUUCAAGGACUUAUGUCUAAAAUCUAGAUAAUUUGUUUGGUGUGGUUUGGAUUAUGCUUUGAACGGUAAUAGACUUGUUGAUGAGUUGGGGAGGUCAGGUGAGGUGUUGUGACAUUUUGGAAGUUUGGAUGUUGGCUCUUUUAUGUUUAAUGUGGUGUAUUUGGAGAGUGGAAUGCACGGAACUUUGAAGAUAGAGGAACAUCGGUGGCGGAGUUGAAAAAGAUUAUAUUCAACGCCCUUUAUGCAUGGAUAGCAACUCAUCAUAGUUUGAUUUUUUCUAGUUUUUCAAACUUUUUGAACCAUUGUUCGUCAUUUUUCUCUAAUUAGGAGAUUUUCUUGUAUACUUCAUGUUUAUUAGUAGGGUUACACCCCUAUGUACU